AUGGCAGAUGUUGGAGAAGUACUCUUUGAGCCUCUGGGACUACCCAAAUUUGGUCGAGAGUUUCUCGGAACAGGUCAACUACUUUUCCUAAUUUUCAUUAUGGCCAGCCAUAUCCUCACAUUUUCGGUUAUGAUGAACACACUCACCGAUCAUGGAACUUGUUCAAUUGUCUUCGGUGUUGUUGGACUAAUCGUCUCCUUUAUUUUUGCUCUACCACGAACGCUACGAAAGCUGUUUGAAAUAUGCUUACAUUUCACGCCCCAAGCACUUUUGGUCACGAUCAUUGCUAUUGCUAUACAACGACCGGGAGACGGCAAGGUUGAUGUGACUACAAAGACCAAUGUUGCCACCGGAUUCUUGGCCGUGACAAACAUUGUUUUCGCUUAUGCCGGUCAUGUGGCAUUCUUCGGAUUCAUUUCGGAAAUGGAAGUCCCCACUGACUAUCCGAAAACGCUAUUCUUGCUCCAGACAACCGACACAUGUCUGUAUGUUUUGGCUGCCGUGGUCAUCUACUAUUACGGGGGAAAAGAUGUCAAAUCACCUGCUCUCUCGUCGACCAGCGCUACCACGGCCAAGGUGGCGUAUGGUAUCGCGAUUCCUACGAUUGUUAUUGCGGGCGUUAUCAACGGCCAUGUUGCUUCAAAAUACAUAUAUGUACGCCUAUUUCGAGGAACGGAUCGUAUGCAGAAACGUACCUUUCUGUCAAUCGGAACCUGGGUCGGAAUCACAUUUGCCCUGUGGGUUAUUGCCUGGGUCAUUGCAGAGGCGAUUCCAGUCUUCAAUGAUCUUCUAAGUUUGAUUACUGCUCUCUUUGCUAGCUGGUUUACAUACGGCCUGAGCGGAGUAUUCUGGCUUUUCCUCAAUUGGGGGAAGUAUGGUGCAAACUGGAAAAAGAUGUUUCUCACAGUCCUCAAUGUGAUUGUUGUUGUGAUCGGAGGCUGUCUGUGCGGAAUGGGUCUUUGGGUCUCCGGCAAAGCAAUCCAUGAUGACGCGAGCAAUGCAAGCUUUUCGUGUGCGGAUAACAGUUAA